GAUUUCGGCUUGAGAUAUUAUUUACCCUUAUCUCAAGUCGUAUAAAGAAAUCAGGGUCGAUUUCUUAGCUUUUUGAAAAGUUUGAAAGUUUACUAUCAUUUUCCAAAUGUCAUCUUCAAAAUUAUAUUUACAAUUAGAUUAAUUUAUUAUUCAUCGACCAACAAAUCGAACCAUGUAAAGUAAUUGCGUAAAUACCAAGCAUCAUAAUAAUUUUAAUGAUGGCGCCGAAAAAUAAAGAAAAUAACUCUGGUAACAAGAAAAAAAGACAAGUUUCUGAAGAAGAAGAUGAUGAAGAUUAUAGAAGGCGCCGUGAUAGAAAUAAUCAGGCUGUAAAACGAUCAAGAGUAAAAAGCAAAUUACGUACACAACAAACUUUGGAACGUGUAAAUCAACUUAAAAGAGAAAAUGAGUUAUUGGAGGAAAAGAUAAAAAUGCUUACAAAAGAGUUAGGCUUCCUUAAGGACCUUUUCCUUGCCCAUGCUGGUUCCAGUCAACAUUCUAUGAAUUUUCAAGAUAUAGAUCUGAAUGCUCUUCUAGCAGAAGAUACAAAACCUCUAGAAUUGGCUAAAACAACUGCUGAGCUUUAAUUCAAACUUUUUGCCACGUGAAAGAAGUAACGUGGAUUUGAUAGAAUUUGAAGCAAAACGUACUUUAGCUCGUAUACUUCAAGUCCCUAGUUGGACAUCUUGGAAGGAUGCCAACUUCGAGUCCAUUCAAAAAAUUAUAAGAGCUGGACAACUUCUAUGUUGACUAUUAAGCAGCAUCAUUAAGAAGAUUAGAUAAAUGAUAUCAAAUAAAUGUUGAUUAAAAUGUAAGAAGAAUUAAGCACGAUAAAUGGCAUCGUAUAACAACAAGGAUGAACGCAAAGUUGAUAUUUUAAGAUCGACAUAUACAGAUCAAAUUUGAUUACAUAAAACUCGAUUGAUGGAGAAAGUAUUUUCUCAACAAUUUCUCGGAGAAGAUAUAAUAAUUGUAAUAGUGGCCAUGAUUAAACAUGUGCUUUAAAAGUUAUGUACGAGAUUUUUCUGAAAAGUAUCUGAUCUAUGAGUAUAUUUGUGUAUUUAUAUAUAUAUUUGUAUGAAUACAAAUUAUACAUAGGUUCACUUACAAACGUUUCCCCUAAAUGACGAAUACUCGUAAUAGCAUAUCUAGAUGCAAAAAUGUGCCCAUAGGUCGGAUACUUUCUAGACAGAUCUCGUAUACAAAAUAGAUUAUUGGAUAAAUUUUUAAAAGAGUGUAAUGAAAGGAUAGAGCGAAUAACGAAAAAGUAUUUCCUAUUAUUUCGUUCGAAUAAAUUCUAACGAUUUUAUACUUUGAAUUUUGUAAAAUCGUUAGAUUUGUGAAAAAAUAAAAUAAAAUAAAACAUAAAUGAACAUUCCAAUAAUAAGGCAUGAACAUGCCUUCUAUAACUUUUUAUUUACAGAAAUUUUGAGGAAGUGUUCUGUAAAUAUUUUUAUUUAUUAAAAUAGAAUGCAGAUGAAACAAAUCAAUAUGUAACUCAUCAAUAAUAACGAAUUUUACCUUAUAUGUUUCAUAUGCUAAUUUGUAAUAGUGAGAGAGAGAGAGAGAGAGAGAGAGAGAGAGAGAGAGAGAGAGAGAGAGAGAGAGAGAGAGAGAGAGAGAGAGAGAGAUUUAACAAAUUAGAUAUCAUUUAUUGUUCAUUUUAAAAAAAUAAUAAAAAAAUGACCUAAUUGUAUUCAAACUGUGAAUACUAAAGAUGCUGUGUUAAAAAGUUUUUUAAAAAAAUCUAUUUUUUGAAGUAGGAUGAUGAAAAAUAAAAAGAACAAUAAAAAUUGAUGUAUUUUUUAUUAUUUUAAAAACAAUAAUAAAGCAUCAUAAUCAAAAAAUUAAAUCAUUCGAAUCAAUGAAAAAUUGUAUAAGUUCAUAAGAUUAUUUAAAUUAUUCAUAAAUAUAUUCAUAUUUCGAAGAUAUACAAUUUCCAUUCAAUUGCCACUGUGUGCUGAAUAAUUAUUAGAAAGGCGGGAGACAAAUAUGUUUUUUGUAAAUUCAAAAGACAAGUGUAAAUAUAAAAAACAUGUAUACAUUCAAUGAUUAUUUUAUUAAGGCUAUAUUCAUUAUUUAUUUUCGCUAAAUAUAUGCAUUUUUAUAGAACGAUUCACUCUACUUCAUUAAAAAAAAUAAUCUUUAAAUACGCAAGGUUACAAUGAAUGCUAGAAAAACAUUGGCGACACCUGUAUGCUUCGAUAUCCACUUGACCGAAAAGAUCCGAUCAAUCUUCGGUCUUCGUUCGGGAAAGCCAAUAUCGUCGUGUUGAAUUCGCGUACCCUACACUAUAUUUCAAAACGCGAUCAACAAUUUAUCUUUUUUAUAAAAUGAUUUUUUCUAUCAUUGAUCUUAUUGCAUUUCAAUUCAUACGUCGAAUUUGUCACGAAUUAAAUAUUUUCUUGAUAGUUUACAAUUAUAUGGUUUCAUAAAAAACGUAGGAAAGUGUAUAAGCGAGGUAUUAACCUUUACUACUGAUAAAAUAAAAGAAAUUUUAUAUUUAUAAGAGACAUAAAAAAGAUCAAAUAAAAUAGUGAAUUUUCAUCGAUGUGCUUAUUCGAUUAGCCUGAUCGUUUUAGAAAGCAAAUAAAAGAAAAAAAUAUCGUAGUAAGGGUUUCGGAAUACUACGGGACGGAGGUGAACUGCUCGCAAGCGCGAUGAGCCGGCGCGCUAGUACGCCUAGCAGACGACAUGUUGGCUGUAGGGAACACCUCGUCUCGGACAUUUCGAUCGCGAGUUUCCUUGAAAAUUUUUAAGUGAGAGGAGAGUAAAAAGGAUCGGUAAAAACGAGGUGGAUUGAGAAGUGACUAGAUCGUGGUAUUGAGUUCAAUUAAUAGUGUUGAUGUAGUGGCGGUGAUUGUGUCCGUGGGAUUUUAAAGGGAUUUUAAGGAGGCAGAGGAAGGCGGCGGUGGCGGUGGCGGCGGCAAAGCAGACGGCAUUAAAUGACGAGAAGGGGUUCGAACGUGCCCCCAAAAAAGCGGGUAUUCAGGAAGGAUUCUCGUUCGAGUGGUUUAAAGCACAAAUGAAAUGAUAGUUCGUGGUCACGAAUGAAAGUGAGAAGAGAAGGAGAAAAAGUUAGAAGGAAAGGAUGGAAAGACGAGGAGAGGACUGGUAACAAACAGGUGUAGAAAGGGAAGGUGGAAAAGGAGUAGAAAGAAGAGGAGGUUCAUCGUUGGAUUUCUAACACAUUGACUUCCCUUUCUGUAGACGAAAACGAAUGAUUAUUCCGACUUGAUUCGAAAUCGCGAGGAAGCGAGAGCAAGUGUGUCGAGAGCCGAUCUAUUUUAACGUCUCAGUGUUUCGUGUCGGCCGUCGUCAAGGGGGGAGAAGUAAAGAGGGUGGUGGUUGUGGCAGUGGAGGUGGUAGGGUCUGGGAGGUGGCGAGGUCGUGUAUACGCGCUGUAUCCCUUCCUUCCUCUCCUGGAACGGAUUCGCGCGAGACGUCGUCAUUGUCAGCCUUCCUACCCAGGUGCUGUUUCUGUCUCUUUGGCACCCCUCGCGAUCGAAAGACUGGUCGGUGAAAGAGGAAUAGACUAUUCUCGUUGUCGUCGUCGUCGCUGUUGUUGACCAGCCAACCGGCUAGCCCAAGCGGUUGCUCAGAAAUGUUCGUUGACUCAUCAAUUCAUCGACGAUAGUAAUGCUGGUAGUUAUGCUUUCGCUUUCAGUUAUGGACCAGUGGAAGCUGUGGUUAAAGAAAAUAUGAAGUGAGUAUAGUGUGAGAUAUUCGUCGACGUACGCACGUAUAUAUCAAGUGGAAAGGUGAUAGAGAAAGACAAAAAGCAGAAGGAUACUCCUCCGAGGCAGAGAGAGAGAGAGAGA